AUGACUGGGCAGGAGAGGACUGGGCAGGAGAAGUCUGGGCAGCAGAGGACUGAGCAGAAGAGGCCGGGGCAGGAGAGAGCAGGAGAGGACUGCGAAGGAAGGGCUGUGCAGGGGAGGGAUGGGCAGGAGAGGGAUGAGCCGGAGAGGGAUGCGCAGGAGAGGACUGGGCAGGAGAGGACUGGUCAGGAGAGGACUGGGCAGGAGAGGGCUUCGCUGGAAAUGAUUGGGCAUGAGAGUCCUGGCAGGAGGGACUGGGCAGGAGAGUGCUGGGCAGGAGAGGGCUGGGCAGGAGAGGACUGGGCAGGAGAGGGAUGGGCAGGAGGACUGGGCAGCAGAAGACUGGGCAACUGGGCAGGAGAGGACUGGGCAGCAGAAGACUGGGCAGUAGAAGACUGGUCAGGAGAGGACUGGGGAGGACUGGCAGGAGGGGGAUGGGCAGGAGAAGACUGGGCAGGAGAGGACUGGGCAGCAGAAGACUGGGCAGCUGAGGACUGGGCAGGAGAGGACUGGGCAGCAGAGGACUGGCAAGGAGAGGACUGGGCAGGAGAGAACUGGGCCGGAGAGGACAGGGCAGGAGAGGACUGGGCAAUAGAGGACUGGGCAGGAGAUGACUGGGCUGGACAGGACUGGGCAGGACAGGACUAUGCAGGAGAGGGCUGGGCAAAAGAGGGCUGGGGAGAAUAG